CCAUCUUGACUAGUUGGCAUCUUAACGUAUCAUCUUGAAUGCUUAGUCCAUCUUGCAAGAUAUAUAUAAUCACCUCCCAUCUCUGGGAAAAUAGGAUCCCAACAACAAGUAAUUUGGCUUGAAUUUCCAACUCAUUUUAUCAAUCUCCUCAAACCAACAUCAUAGACGCAGCGACCACUAUGACUUUUGGGCAGGGCAACUCUGAGGCCGCGAGCCAGCACAUCACCCCUGACGCUUUCAAAUAUGAUGCCGACAAGGCCAAGGAGAAUGUGCAACAGGAUGUCAGGCGCCAUGAUGCUUUUCGUCAAGACACUAGCAGUACCGCCAACUCUCUUAAGCCCAGCGGGCAACAGAGCCUUGGUGACAAGGUCGAGCAAAAGACUGAUCAAACCCAAUUCGAGGUUCAGCCGGAUGAGACCAAGUCUGUCUCGCAACAGACCCGAGACUACGUUACACCUGGUAACGACUCUGCUGGUGCGGUGGGAUCUUGCACCAAAUCAGGGACAAGAUCGCUGGUCACAGCAGUAAAAACACCCACGUCCAUUAGAUUGAAUGAUUCGAAAGCGAAGUGCUGAGAUGAUAUCCUGUAGCUUUAAUGUUGAAUGGAGAGUAAUGUUGCAUAGCUUGUCAGGGGACGAUACCACAGUUCAUCACUUAGUCAUUUACCAUGAACAGAAUCGUA